AUGUGGUGCGUAAGUGUCCUGCGCAGUGUGGUCAGUGGUGGCGAAUGCGGCGAGUGUAAGUUUGUGCUCCGUGCACUGGUUCGCCAGUCUCUGGGCGAUAGAUUCGCAAGUGACUGACCAGGCCCAUGUGCGAGGUGAAGGUGCAGUCUCAAUUAGGACUGAUAUAAACCGGGUCGUCACCACUGAUGUCGACAUUCGUAGUGUUGGUGUUUGUUGGUUUGCCAGGAUUGUGUCGUGUUGAUGUGCGUGGCAGACGUCACAACAACAGACAUCGAGGCAGUGGAGGAGGAGAAUGAUGAUGAUGAUGAUGAUGAUGAUGCUGAUGAUGAUGAUGAUGAUGAUGAUGAUGAUGAUGAUGAUGAUGAUGAUGACGAUGGAAGUGAUGAUUCGGGGGGGUAG